AUGGAUACAUUCGUUCAACAGGUUGAGCCUUGCUGUUGGAUGACCUACACAACGCAUCGGGACACACAAUCGACUCUCAACAUUCUAGACGAAGCGGAUAUGGACGCUGUUGACUACACAGACGCUGAUCUAUACAAGCGAUUUGGUCUUGAAGAGGAAUAUGAAAGGAAUAAUCUAACUACAUGGCAACGGAUUCGACCCAGGAUUUGGGCUGUCUUUGAAAUGCCGAGAUCAUCUCUUGCUGCCAAGUGCUGGCAAAUUGCUAUUCCACACUUCUAA